AUGGUUUUCAGAUCGCCUUUAGAGCUUUAUCCCUCCCAUUUCUUCCUGCCAAACUUCGCUGAUCGCCCUCUGCUCCUGGCGAACAGCGCUCCCUCCGCCAGGUCUCCAGAAGACUUGUCCAUGUUUCAGCUGCCGACCCUCAACUUCUCCCCGGAGCAGGUGGCGAGCGUCUGCGAGACGCUGGAGGAGACCGGGGACAUCGAGCGUCUGGGCCGUUUCCUCUGGUCUCUACCCGUGGCUCCGGGAGCAUGCGAGGCGAUCAACAAGCACGAGUCCAUCCUGCGCGCCCGGGCCGUUGUCGCCUUCCACACGGGGAAUUUCAGAGACCUCUACCAUAUCUUGGAGAACCACAAGUUCACUAAAGACUCGCACGGCAAGCUGCAGGCCAUGUGGCUGGAGGCACACUACCAAGAGGCCGAAAAGCUACGAGGGCGCCCGCUCGGACCCGUUGACAAGUACCGCGUGAGGAAGAAGUUUCCGCUGCCUCGGACCAUCUGGGACGGGGAGCAGAAGACGCACUGUUUCAAAGAGAGGACACGUAGUCUGCUGCGAGAGUGGUACCUUCAGGACCCAUAUCCAAACCCCAGUAAGAAAAGGGAACUGGCGCAAGCCACUGGACUCACUCCUACACAGGUCGGAAACUGGUUUAAAAACCGGAGACAACGAGACAGAGCUGCGGCAGCCAAAAACAGGCUCCAGCACCAAGCAAUAGGACCGAGCGGCAUGAGGUCCCUGUCAGAGGCUGGGCUCACUCCCCACAGCUCGGCAGAGUCGCCCUCCACCGCGGCCAGUCCCACCACCAGCGUGUCCAGUAUGACAGAGCGCGUGGACACGGGCACGUCCAUCCUGUCAGUAACAUCCAGCGACUCGGAGUGCGACGUAUGA